AAAACUGCAACUAUUUUAGAACUGUUUAUCUGCUUUAUGAACAGGUGAGUCAAUUUUUUAUCUUCUAUAAAACGUGUGGAUAGUUAUAUUAUUGAAGAACAAGAAAAUAUUGCUUUUCAAAAUGAAUAAGACACAUUUAGAUUCAGAACUUGGGAAUAUAGACGACACCAAACUGUACGUGAUGCCCAGGAACGACACCAAAAUUGCGUUCGAGGAGAUUCUGGAUCUGGUAGACGAGGAGGGGCGGCAGGUAGACACAUUGACGGUAGCAGUGGAAAUGGGGGAGCUGGAUACAUUCAGUGUGUAUCAGUACAGCAACGACCAGGGCAUCAUGAUGCGAGUGCAGAGUCGAGUACUGCGGUCACUCGACACGGAGUGGGAAGUGCGCCACCUGCGGCGACCUGGCAGCUCCAAGAUGCUGAGGAUCUCCGUCUCUGAUAAAAAGUACAGAUUGUUCAAGUCAGUCCAGGGUAAAGACGCCAACAGGGAAAAGAUAAAUAUAAAAAAGGUACCUCAUGUCAGGAUGAUUUUAGAAGGAGCAAAUAUAAUUCUACUGCGGAAAUUGGCCGUUUCUCGGUCGUUCGGACGAUUUAAAUGUCAGACCGUUAACCACGAUGGCGAGGUUUGUGAGUGUGAGUACGUGGUAGAGCGGGGUGCGAACCUUGAUGUGCGCGUUCGACGGACCCUGAGAGAUAGGGAGAUUAUGACCACAACCCUCUCGAAGACUGGAAGGAUAAUACUCCACGCGUGGUCUACCACAGGAUACACCCUGAGGUCUAGAGACUCGGGAACCUCGACCGCAGCUCGCUUGGCGGAGGAGGAGCGGAUUGCUCUGGGAGAGUCCGAACUGAAGGCCGACGUUGAAGCCUACUUCAAGAAAAAAGCAGAAGUCACCAACCAGAUAAAUGAGUAUCUAUUGGGCCAGCCGGAAGUCAAAGAUAUGAUUGCUGACUUUCUUAAAGAAUUACUCAUAGAAAAGCCAGAAGACGUUGUUUCAUUCGCUGAUGACUAUUUUUCAGAAUUCGUGGGUAUUGUGAGAGAACCAGUUAAAAACGAAGAACCUUUGUUACCAUCAAGUGAGGGUGUGUAUCGUCAGCCAACAAACGAGGAUGUGCAGUAGUCAGUAGGGUUAAACUUAUUAUAAAACAUACUUAAUGAGACUUGUAAUUGAAAUGGGUCACGUCUGUAACAGAAGCUAAUGGAUAGCUUAGAAAUGUGACAGCAUUUGAUAUGUAACUUUGAACGUUGUUGUUGAUAUAAUUAUGAUGGUUAUAAACAUAUGCUUCGAUUUGUA